CUCAGAGUGGUUUCUUUUUUCUUUAUAAAAUGUACACAAAGAACAUGGAACCCUUGAGGUAAAAGUGAGAGCAGUUUGGAACUCAACCAGAUACAGACCAAACAGUGACCCAAAAUCAAUCUACAGCGGGGGCGUAGGAAAAUAAGAGAGCAAGUUUGGGUUCUGUACAACAGCGGAGAUCGUUAAAACGUCCUCGUUAUCUAUUUACAUUAAAUACAUCCAAUUACAGGUAUUUAUAGGGUAUUUACACACACAAAUACCACGUUUGUCCCCUUUGCGGCUGGAGUGUGCAGCAGGUCCGAGCGUUCCUGAGAAGGUGCUGAGGCUCUUCGUCCUUACUCUCAAGAAUUUGUGUUUCUCCAAUCCCUUCUGUGGUCGUAUCCAUCCAAAAAUUCCUCAGGCGUGGUUGUUGCAGUGAUCCCGGUUUUUCCCUCCCAUCUGUGGGAGGUGAAAGUUGCCUGCACAAAUCCUGGAUCCCGAGGGAUCGGCGGGAAUGUUUCUCCAGUUCUAGCCGUGACCUUGGCGGUGAGCAAAGCUCAAGAUUCACUCAUCCAAGCACUCAGCAUUCCAGUCUCCUUCUCAAUGGGGAAAAAACAUCUUACAGAGACUGGAAAAGGAAGGAAAUCAGUUGUAAAUCACAGGUCCCCUAAGGUGACAUCCAACCGGAACGUGUCACAGAGGAACCAGGCAGGAGAGGCACAGAUCCAUCCAUCCCAUCCAUCCAGACCCAUCCAGAGGGAGCACAAAUGGUCCUAUUCCGGUGUCAGUUUCUUAUCAGGAAUCUGAGAUGGAUUUUAUCAUUGUCAGGUGUUGCUCAGGGCAGCAGGGAAUUCCCGUUCCUGGAGGGAUUUCAGAGCCCUGCGGAUGUGACACUUGGGGACAUGGAUCAGUGGUGGCCUUGGCUGUGCUGGGGCAUGGUUGGACUCGAUGUUCUUGGAGCUAAUUCCCAACCUAAAUGAUUCCAUGAUUCCAUUAUGGGGCUCCCAGUGGGAAAUGACUUCUGGAUCAUGGCUGAACUGGGAUGUCUUGGGGAAUUUGAGGAGGGGUGCUCAGGGAAGAGGGAAUUUCUCCUCACACCUACGGAGUUCAUCGAGCUCUCUGGUGACUCCCUCAGUCUGUUCUCACUUGAGUUUUAAUGACACACAAAAUAUCCAAGGCUGGGCUGGACGGGCUUGGAGAAACCGGAAUAAUGGAAAGGUCCCUGCCCAUGGAAGGGUGGGACUGGAUGGGAUUUAAGGUCCCUUCCAACCCAAACCAUCGUGGGAUUCUGGGAUGUGUUGAAUACAAGCUCCCCAAUCUGACAGAUCCAAAGGAAAAUGAAAUAUUUUAACAGGGAAGAGCAGGAUGUACAAUCCCAAUUUCCCCGUGCUUGGGUUAAUGAUCAUUCCUAUCUUUUAUCAUCCAGAGCACAGUUCCCUGCCUACACCAACAUUCCCAUGGGAUCUGCAGGUGACAGAGUCGGGUUUAGGAAAAGAUGGCAGAAAACUUCUGCACACAACGUAAAUCCCAAGAAUGUGGGAUUGCAGGAGCUGCAGGUCCCUAAAUUCCUUUGCACAAGGGAUAAUCCAACGGUUUCAUUCCCUCUGUGCUGACUGACACUGGAAUUGUGGUGCAGCAGGUAAAAAGGGGAGAACAUUCCUGCAGUGCGGCCUAAUUUCCAUAAAAAUGUAAAAAAAUAAUUUGAAAUGUAAAAAUAACCUUUUUUUAUAGCUUUUGAUAGUUUUAUGGUAAAACCCAAGAAUUAUUCCAGAUGGCUCCCAAUCUCUUUAUUAGCAUGGGAGAGGCAGGGAGUGCUUGUGACUCCAAACUGGAGCCUUUUUUUUUUUUUAUGGAAAUGCUCCAAAGAGCCAUUUUCCUGACAGAUCACAUACUCUGGGGGAAGAAGAGAGUUUCAAUUACCCUUCAAUAUAUGAAAUAAACAUUCCCAGCAGGUAAACUCUCCCAAAAUAAAACCAGGAAAGCCUCUUCCACUCAGCAUAGAUAAAAAAUCAGAUCCUUCUGCCUGAACUGCUCCCUACAAAGGGAAUUCAGUGCCCUGUCUAGGCAGGAAAAGAGAAAAUUAACAAGAAGCUGAAGAUUGAUUUUGUUUUAAAAUUUAGGGAUCCCAAUUGCCCCAAAACUGACUAUUCCAUCUCCAUGGUGGAUGCAGCAGGAAUCCCAGUGCUGGAUGUCAAGGAAAGCUCUAGGGUCGGUGGAGGCUGGGGCUUGCAGAGGCUGGAAGAUGCAGCUCCAUCACUUCAGGAGGAACCAGCAGUUCCUGUCCCAAAUUAAAAGGAAAUUUCACUUUCCCAGGCAUUUCUGGCCUUCAAAUCCCGAUUGUGCAUCCAUGGUGUCAUUGGAAUGGGUUUACUCUCUCCUAAUCCAUGUUUUUAUCCCUCCUUGUGUCCCAUCCAGGGUACAGGCCAGGCUGGAGAAGGGGUGGGUUGGUAGCACAGUGAGAUCCGAGUGUUUCAUGAUUUUACAUGGGAUUCAGGGUGUCCAGAGAAGCUGCCCCUGGAUCCCUGGAAGUUUCCAAGGCCAGGCUGGACACUGGGGCUUGGAGCAGCCUGGGACAGUGGGAGGUGUCCCUGCCCAUCCAGGGGUGGCACUGGGGGCGAUUUAAGGUCCCUUUCACCCAAACAUUCCACGAUUCCAUGGUUUCACAUUCAGUGUGCUUUGUGAAAGAAAAAGGGAAGUUCUCCAGUGCCAUCCUUAUGCUCCCAGAUCAGCCUGAGAAAGAAGUGAAAAAACCUGGAAAACUUGUCCUGUGCUCCACCCUCCUCUGCUUUGGGAACAGCCAGAUAACUCCUGCAGCCAUCCCACCAAGCCCAGCCACUUCUCCCAGCAUCCCAGGACUUCCGUUGCUGCACAAUUCAAUAUUUGACGUCCAGUUUAAAAAUCCAUCCAGGAAUUUCAAGGCUGGAUACCCCAGAACUAAAUCAGAGGGGUUUCCAAUUCCAGGGAACUGCCAGUUCCAACUGCCUUUGAUGGCUGAUCCAUCGUUUUCACAUCCAUUUUCAGUCCAAAAUAUAACAUAAAAUACAAAACCAAGAGUAGGAAAUUCACAUCUCAAUUUGUUCUUCUUAUUCAUGGCCUGGAGUAAAAUCCCAUUUCCUUUUCAGUGCUUUAUUUUGGGAAUGGAAAAGAAGAUAGAACUACUCCUACAAUCAACAUUUGGAAUAGAAAUCCUGCUUUUCUUAGCACCUCCUGCGCCACGCAGUAAAACAGGAACAGGCAUGGGAAUACAUUUCCUUUCCCACAAAAACCUGGGAUUUUCAGGACACGCAGAUUAUUCUGCCCUGAAAAAAGGGCAUCUGUGGUCUUUGUCAAUCGAAAUUCUUUAUCUAAGAUUCCAUGGGAGCAAGGAAAAGGGGAAUCCAAAUGGAAAGGGGAAAGAUGGACUUCAGCCUGCAGUUUUUGUUUGGGAUCUAAACAACGGAGCAGGAUCUCCUGUUCCUUAUCACCCAACUCCUUUAUCAAAGAGGAAUCACAGGGCACUUCCCAAAUCCUAACUUCCCACAGAGUUCCCAUCAUGCCACCACCACCAGCCCAGCAGCCAGAGCUCUGCCCAGGAAGUUCAUCUCCAACGGGCAUCUAAGGUUCAGUUUGGAUUUUUGAGGGAAAUUCGAGGGAAAAGCAGGGAAGCAUUUUAAAGGCAACAGAAUGCUUCCUGUUUUCCUUUCCCUCCUGCUCUGUGGAAGGUGUUCCUGCCCGACGGAUUGGAGUGGGAUGAGAUUUAAGGUCACUUCCAACCAAAACCUUCUGGGAUUCUGUGGAAACGACUGACAGUCACUCUGGCUCCCAGCAGAUCCAGCCCUUCCAAAGAGAGUCCUGCCAAAAUCACCCAUGGAGAAGCCUCUUGGAUCACCCCUCAGGAGACAUCCACGGCAAGAUGCACGGCAAGGUUUGGAUCCUGAGUUCCAAGACAUGCCAACCUCCAAAAAAAAUCUGCCUCGGGGUCUCACCAUGCUUGACCUGCUCCCCCAUCCAUCCACAACUGAAACCCAGAGCUCCCAGUGGGAAAUUCAGUGAUUUGUAUUUUUUAAGGGUGUCAAACCCCACAGUUCAUCCAGACUCAGAGGUCCCGCUUUCUCCCAAAUCCCAUGGUCCAUCCAGAUUUGGAGCUUUCGCUUUCUUCCAAACCCUGUGGUCCAUCCAGACUCAGAGUUCCCACCACUUUCCAGACCCUGCAGUUCAUCAGAUUCUGCAUUCCCAUUGUCGUCUAAACCUCACAGACCAUCCAGGCUUGGAGUUCCCAAUUCCUUACAAACCCCACAGACCAUCCAGACUUGGAGAUCCCACUUUCUUCCAAAUCCCCCAGUCCAUCAGACUCAGAGUUCCCACUUUCUUCCAAAUCCCCCAGUUCAUCAGACUCAGAAUUUCCACUGUCUUCCAAACCACAGAGUCCAUUCCAAUUUGGAGCUUCCACAGUCUUCCAAACCCAACAGGCCACCAGGCUCAGAGUUUCCACCAUAUUCCAAAUCCCAUGGUCUGUCAGACUCAGAGCCACUGUUUCCCAAACCCCAUGGUCCAUCCACACUCAGAAUUCCCAUUGUUCUCCGAACCCCAUGGUCCAUCCAGAGUUGGGGUUCCCACCGUCUUCCAAACCCCACGGUCCAUCCAGACUUGGGGUUCCCACCGUCUUCCAAACCCCACGGUCCAUCCAGACUUGGGGUUCCCGCUUUCUUCCAAACAGAGCAAGGUGCUGAUAACCCCAAGGUUGUGGGCUCGAUCCCCACAGGGACCGUUCAGUUCAGAUUUGGACUUGAUGAUCCUUGCAGCUCCCUUCCAGCCCAGAAUAUUCCGUGAUUCCAGGGAUGAGCUUGAGGGUCCCUUCCAACCCAAACCAUCCUGGGAUUCUCUGAAAAUGCCCUGACUUGGAGCUCCCACCAUUUUCCAAGCAC